UGCUGCUUGAGCUGCAAGACAAACACCACACACGGCACAAUGAAUCAGAAGGUGGUACUCAUCACAGGCUGCUCCUCGGGGAUUGGCCUCGCCUUGGCUGCCCGCAUAGCGAAGGAUGAGAAGAAGAGGUUCAUGGUCUAUGCCACCAUGAGGAACCUCAGUAAGGCUGGAGCGCUGAUCGAGGAAGCGGGCCGGUCUCUGGGCAGGACUUUGGAGAUCAAACAGCUGGACGUGUGUGAUGAGGACUCCAUCAAAGCCUGCGUGGACAGCCUGCCUGAGCGCAGGGUGGACAUUCUGAUAAAUAAUGCAGGGAUGGGUCUGAUUGGACCCAUCGAGUGUCAGUCUAUCGAUGAGAUGAAGACAGUCAUGGACACCAACUUCUUUGGGCUUGUGCGGCUGCUGAAGGAAAUCCUACCUGACAUGAAGAGGAGGAAAAAAGGACAUAUAGUGGUGAUCAGCAGCGUCAUGGGAAUUCAGGGUAUUUUAUUCAACGACGUCUACGCAGCAUCCAAGUUUGCAGUGGAGGGCUUCUGUGAAAGCUUAGCAGUGCAAGCCAUGAGGUUCAAUCUCAAUAUCAGCCUGAUAGAGCCAGGUCCAGUGAUAACAGAGUUUGAGCGUAAAGUCUAUGACGAGGGUCUAAAGACUGAUCUCAGCAAAGCCGACAAAGUGACUGCUGACAUGUUCUCAAACAUCUACCUGAAGAACUACAAGCAAAUCUUUGAAACCCUCGGGCAGACUGCAGAGGACGUAGCAGAGCACACACACAAGAUCAUCACCAUGGAGAAUCCUCCUUUCCGUCAUCAGACAAACACGCUCUACACCCCGAUGACCACACUCAAAUAUGCCGACCCCAACGGUGACCUCCCAAUUGACACGUUUUACAAAAUGGUGUUUGAACACGACAAGGUCUUCAACGCCAGUCUGAACUUCAUCAAACUUUUACGCUGGAGAAGUCGUAAGAGCUUUACUUUGGAAAAGGACAAGAGCAACUAAUAGAUCGCGUUUCUGAGUUUUGCUAUAAUAAUCCAUGUCGAG